CGCUUGCCACUCAACUUUAUAGAGGUGCAUUGUGAUACCACAAACCCCGUGAGUUUGCAUCUCAUGCUUUAUCGUAUUUGAAAGGCCAACAACUUCGAACAUUGUAAUCUGUCUAUGACUGUAUGCCCAUCCCCUCAAAUUUAUGUCUCCGGGCUUUAGACUCGGCAGCCUUAUGCUCUUCAGUCCUAAACCGAACAGAAAUUCAUUAUCUUUCUUCAUUUAUUGCACGCUACAGCAAAACCAACUCCUUAUCUCCUUAUUUAAAAACCCCACAUUUAUGCCCUUCACCCACACUUCAAACUCAGCUCAUUUCCAGCUCCAAAAAUCAUGCCAAAAUUGCUAGGAGACUUUCUCCAGGAGCAGCAAGAGCCAUUCGCCUUGGAGAUUUACCUUCUUGAAAGAGGCUAUUAUUCCAGAGCUACGAGUCUUGAUAAUGCAAAUUCCAACUUCCUAAAUUCUGCUAAGAGAUCAACUUGUUGCGGGCUGAAGAAGCGACAACACGCCGUCUCAAACUGCUCAGACUUCGUUAAAGCAGUGCUUGGCAGGCUUGUGCUGCAUAACAAGCACAAGAUCAAGAACCGUGGAAGAUGCAAUAGAAAAGGUAUUCCAACUGGCAAUCAUGGAAGCGGAGAAUGUGUGGAUGACGAUGAAUUUUCUUCAGCGAGCUGCACAGACACAAAUCUGUCUGAUUCUUGCUCAGAAAGUGGAGAGGAGGAUAGACGUUGUGUCGCAGCAGAUAUUGGACGUCGUCCCCCAGAAAAUGGCAAUCUUUUCUCAGAAGAAGAGGCUGAUGCAGACGGAGAGAUGAAAUGGAGAUCUAUUGAGCAUAGAGAUAACCAGCUCAGCCCAGUUUCCGUUCUUGAAGAAACCGAAUCAGAUGAAGAGGACUACAACUCGAAGACGACGUUACAGGGCGAAUGCUCAACCUCAAUAUCUCAACACAAAUCAAAGCAGGCCACCGAAGAAUUGGAGGAACUCGUGGGGUCUAAUUCUUAUGAUCAGUACAUUAUAAACAAGAGAGCGUUGCAGCAAACGAAGCAGCUUCUGGUUGAUUGUGUGAGGGAAGUGAUAGAAAAGCAUAGGAAAAGAGACCCCAAGAAAAUGAGAGAACAGCUGAAGAAAAUCUUGGGAGCUGAUGAGCUUUGGAAACUUGUGUGUGAAAGUGUGUGGGUGUGGAGCCAAAAUCCAGUGGAUGAAACCAAUGUAGUUCAUCUGCUGGGCUAUGAUUUGUUGGCUUCUGCAGAAGAAUGGAGCACGGGUUUAGAGCAGCAGAAAGAGGAAAUUUCGAUGGAGAUUGGAGAUGCCAUUUUGGAUGGUAUCAUCAAUGAGAUUUUUACAGGCUAGUAAUAUUGUAAUAUUUUUUGUAUGAUAAUUGAUAAGAACACUUGUAGCUAGGUUAGGAUAAAUAAAUUCAAGGGCUCGA